GCCUUCGGAGACCAGAGAGAGAGAGAAAACCCACCCUCUUUAUUCUCAAACGAAGAAAGUUCAUUUCCAAGAUCUUAAGAGCAGAGCUAGAGCUUUCCCAGAGGCAGCAGGAAAAGCCUCCGCUCUCCUCCCCUUUGGCGGAGAGAAUAUUGGGCUGCCUUCAGCAUAGGGUGGGGAGAGAAGUGAGCGAAGAAAAUGUGUGUGUGGAGCGGGGGAGGGCUUCGUAGGAAUUAGCUUUCCUGAGGCGGAGGAGGCGGUGGCUCGGUGGAGGAAGCUUGAGGGGGCAUUUUCGCGAGUCUUAGGGAAGGCUGUGCCAGUCUGCAGGCGUGGAAGAGGGGAAAGAAGGUGUUUGCACCAGCGCUUUGCUGUCUUUUGGGCAGCGUUGGGGCUGCCGCUUCUCCUCCUGUGGAUGUUUCCAUGUUGUUUGGUGCAUGACUGAGAGGAGAAAAAGAAGAGGAGGAGUUGUAAGCAGCCAGUGUCAGAGGCAGGAUUGGGGAGGGGGGAUUUUGUGGAUGUGUCCGAGUGGCUCCUCGCGUGCUAGCUUUUCUCGGGCAUCUUGCCUAGCCUUGCUGUUGUCCCCGGGCGUGGGGGCUCCUAUCUGAGGAGGAGGAAGAGAAGAAGGGCUUUCUUGUAUUCGUGGCUUUGGGGCUCUGUGUGUGUGGUGUGUGUUUCGGAGUGGGGGCGGGGGUUGUGCCUGAACCAGUUAGGAAGAAUGACUCUGGAGUCCAUCAUGGCGUGCUGCCUGAGUGAGGAAGCGAAGGAAGCCAGGCGGAUCAACGAUGAGAUUGAGAGGCAGCUCCGCCGGGAUAAGCGGGACUCCCGUCGAGAGCUCAAGCUUUUGCUGUUGGGUACGGGAGAAAGUGGUAAAAGCACAUUUAUUAAACAGAUGAGGAUCAUCCAUGGAUCAGGAUAUUCUGAUGAAGACAAAAGAGGGUUCACAAAGCUGGUGUAUCAGAAUAUAUUCACAGCAAUGCAGUCUAUGAUCAGAGCUAUGGAUACACUCAGAAUUCCAUAUAUGUAUGAACAUAAUAAGGCCAAUGCACAGCUAGUUCGAGAAGUUGAUGUAGAGAAAGUGACCUCAUUUGAGAACCCCUAUGUAGAUGCAAUAAAGGCUCUGUGGAAUGAUCCUGGAAUACAGGAAUGUUAUGAUCGACGACGGGAGUAUCAGUUGUCAGAUUCUACUAAAUAUUAUCUUAAUGACUUGGACCGUAUAGCAGAUUCUGGCUAUCUGCCUACCCAACAAGAUGUGCUUAGAGUUCGAGUUCCAACAACAGGAAUUAUUGAAUAUCCAUUUGACUUACAAAGUGUCAUUUUCAGAAUGGUGGAUGUGGGAGGCCAAAGAUCAGAGCGAAGAAAAUGGAUACACUGCUUUGAAAAUGUCACAUCUAUCAUGUUUCUGGUAGCCCUUAGUGAAUAUGAUCAAGUACUUGUGGAGUCAGACAAUGAGAAUCGAAUGGAAGAAAGUAAAGCACUAUUUAGGACAAUUAUUACAUAUCCCUGGUUCCAGAACUCUUCAGUCAUUCUGUUCUUAAAUAAGAAAGAUCUUCUAGAGGAGAAAAUAAUGUACUCCCAUCUAGUUGACUAUUUCCCAGAGUAUGAUGGACCUCAGAGGGAUGGACAAGCAGCACGGGAAUUCAUCUUGAAGAUGUUUGUGGAUCUGAAUCCAGAAAGUGAAAAAAUUAUCUACUCACAUUUCACAUGUGCCACAGACACGGAGAACAUCCGCUUCGUCUUUGCUGCUGUCAAGGACACUAUCCUACAGUUAAACCUGAAGGAGUACAACCUGGUCUAACUGUGUGCCUCUUAGAUCUCCUUUUCCCCCUUACUCCUUUUGGGCAACUGAAGAUAUUCAAGAGGGACUGUAUUAUCUGUGAAAAAGAUCUGCAUAAUACUAAUUUAUUGCCUGGACUCUGUGAAAAUUCACAGAGUUUAUAGUAAAUAUUAUUAUUUUAUUUAAACUUUACUGAGGAAAAACAAAAGAUGCUGAACUACAUUUGCAGCACAUUUCCUCUCUCUUUUUUUUAGUUAAAAUCUUGUGACUAUAUGUGUUUUAAAUUCACAGUCAUGCACUCACAAAGGAUAGGGACUUGGGGUGAUUUUUUAAAUUAUUAUUAUUAUCAUUAUUUUGCUAGCAAAGCAAAAUCAAGUUGGUGUCUCCUUUGACCCAUUUAUCUUUCUUUAAGGUACAAUAACCUUUCCCCCAAGUUUCAUUCCUUGGUUGAAGUGUUUUCUCUAAAGUGAAGUAGUCAGGAAAACACUUUCACUAGAAUUUAAGCCAUCAAUUGUUCUGAUUUUUCAGUAAAUACUUUGUGAAGGAUCAAACUUACUAAUACUCGGAUUAGAAAAAAAAAACUAUUGGCAAAAAUGUCAAAUACAUGUUUCUUGGUACUGUCUUUGCACUGAAGGGUUGGAAUGUUGUUAGAUGGGAACAUUAAUUGUAGCAGUGUUAUGGAUUUUACCUUUAUUUGUACCAUGGGAAGUCAGAAAAUGCACAGAACACAAUGACAAGAUGACUAAGACACAAAACAGAUUAAUGAAAUAGAAUAGGUAUGUUUGUUUUUUAAACUGCUAUGUGCCAUUAUGUUUAUCUUUUUUUGGAACUGUACUUAUUUUCUAAUCUCAGAUGCCAAACAAAAAUGAAAUGGACACUACAGUAGCUUGGAAGUCCCCCCUCCUUUAAAAAAAAAUAGAUCUUCUAAAUUUCACUUCAUAUUUUCAGACCUAUUUUUACUGUCUCCAAAAUUUCAUGUUGCCAAAACUGGCUUUUUUAAAGUUAAUGAAAGUGAUAACUCUGAAAUGUAAAAUACUGAUUAAAUGCCAAAUUAACUGAUUGGGAAUCUGUCUGAUUCAGACACCUAUCAAAUGAUCUGAAGCUAGUUUUCAUCUUUUCUGUGUCCUCUUUGUAUAAGAAUGCAUUCCAUUCUCAAUGUCAAACAAAAAAAAGAGGAAAGAUUAGUUGUGUGAGUAAACGUUAUUUGGUGCUAUAUACACACAAGCAAAUGGUCUAUUAAUUAAAAGUCAAUUUUCUUAUGUCUAAGGUGGCAUAAGAUUGCACAGUGUUGUUCUUCUUUCCUUUAGGCUACCUUUAAUUACAAAAUAUGAAAUUGGAAAUAAAGCUUCCGAGAUCAAGUUGUUUAAUAAAUGCAUUUGAAGAUCUUUA